CAAGUGUAGUCAGGUUAAUCUAUAACUUAUCUUCUUGGCUCGUCUUUAGAGUUACUCAGUGUUCUUUCAGUUUGACUUCGCUGUGAGAGGUAGCGUUUGAAUGUGACACUCAUGAAUCAAGGUUUCUGGACUAACGCGGUGGUGCAUAGGCCUGUAAUGGAGACCAACAGAGCCAGAAACCCUACAGAAGUCCUCUGUAAUGACCCGACUCCUCGCCCUCGACAGCCAAACAGUUUGCUGGACAAUGAGACGACUGGAGCCUUCCUGCUCUUCUCAGGAAUGUUACUCACCCUUGUUGGUAUCUUUUUCACCAGUAUGGGCUGGUAUCAGUACUACGCCACCCUCAACAUUGAGUGGACCCAACUAAUGGGCCCCAUCCUGAUCUCCGUCGGAGGCACUUUUGUGCUCACCAGUGUCUGCAAGUUUGGGAUCAUCUCCCUCUGGUCCUGCACAUGCUGGGUCAAAAAAGUGAUUGUCAUGCCUGCGAUAGAGCAAACCUCAACGGGACGUUCUUUUGCGUUAAGCGACACAAACCAACCAAUCAUGUUCCAUAAUGCCAUAGGAAUGCUAAGUAUUCCACCUCAGUAUGACUUUAUAACCCAGGAAGUACGCCAGGCCGUCGAGUUCCAGCCUGGCGUCCGUGUCGCAUGUCCUCCAUAUGACGCUGUGUGCUGCGUGGAUAACACAGUUUUCACAGCAGAAGAAGAAGACCUCUCAGCUCACUGCACAGAAACAGACCACAGAAGAAGCAGGAUUGAGAAUACAGAAAAUGAAAGAGGACGUGGUGGGGCUCCACCUGCAUAUGAAGACAUCUAUCCUUCCCUUAACUGACAAUGUAAAAAAGUGAUUUGAUAAAAUGUCCUGCAGAACAAAAGAGUAACUUAUCUUAUGUCUCACGUUCCUCUCACAGCUGUUAAUCAUGUACUGUUACCAUCAUAAUUAUGUAUGAAGUCAUAAAAUCCACCAAGAUGAGGCUCCCUGGAAGAAAACCAUCAUCAAAAUUUAAAUUUAUGGACAAUCUGAGGGCUCUAAGGUUCUGGAAACUUUAGAGAUACUAAAUUUAAAUUCAGCAUUAAAAAAAAACACAUAUUUAUGCAGUGCUUGUUGUCUCUCAAUAGCUGCAGAAACUGCUGUACAGUACGUGCCCAUUAAAUGUUGGCAGAGGGAAUGUGGACAGCCACUAUCGCAUGAAACAAACAUGGGGACAAUUUAUUUUAAAAAAAGUUUUUUUUUUAUAUGCUGGGAGAAAAAUUAACAUCAAAAGAGGAAAGAGUCAUAAUGGUCAUUCACCAUUUAGUUGUAAUUGUUCACAUAUUUGCAGCUUUUCUCAUAUUGGUGUGUGGCGUUUAAAGAGAGCAUGAAAGUCAAAGGAUCACCUCAACAUGAGCAAAUCUCAAAAUAGAAUGAAUACUACUAAAAGUAAUAAUAAUAGGUAAUAAUAAGGCCAGUUAUCCACUCAGAUUGAGUUGAACUGUCCUGUUUUGUUUCCCCUUUUCCUGCAGGAUCAUUCAACUAGUGUAGUGAUGCGUUUACUGUCUGCAGGACAAACUCAGUGUCACUGCACCACACGGGGGCAGAAACACUGAGGAAAUCAAUACACACCUUUAUUCGUCAGGUCAGGUGGUUUUACUGGGAUAAGGGAAGAAUACAGUAUAAUGCAUAACAAUAAUAAUAUUUUUUUUAAAAAAUAUGCAAAAAAUGUCGUUGGAGAUAAAUAAUAUUAAAUAUGCUUUUUUUUUUUUUUAAAUGAGGCUUAAAACUUCCCUCUUCAUCACUUUCGUUUAUUAGAUUAAAUGUGGGAUAACUUUUAUUCACUUGUUUUAUUCAACUUUAUCUUAUUUUUAUCUCUUUUUUUAUUUUAUUAAAGAAAAAACUUAAGGCCUUUUAUGCUUUAU